GUUUGAGCCAAAAUGUACUUUAUUUUGGAAAGUUUGAUCGGAAGUUGUAGAAUGUGCCACUCCCACCUUUGUAAAUGCAAGCCUGGUCACCUCCGCAAGAAGAGGAAGCCGCUCCUGAGGACUGCUCCAAACAGGGCGUCCAAAAACCAAGCCUACCUUCAGAGCCACAUUCUUACUGUGUACUCCUCACCCAAUCCACCUCGCCCAAGUGAAAACGGAAAACACCACCAUCUGAUACUACAUCAUCAGAAUCAUGCUGAGCCCGGAGUUCUUGAAGAAGCUGAGAUUGCCAGAUCUGGAUUCUGUCAGUCAGUACUGUAGGGGUCUGUCCGUGUCGACGUUAAUCAGCAUGGGAGCGAUCACAGCUGCAACAACCUUCUACAUGGCAACACGACCCAAGGCCCUCCCACCUGUCUGUGAUCUCAAAAUGCAGUCAGUCGAAGUUCCGGGAGGAGAGUUUGUACGUCAAUCACCUCUGCUGAAUGGCGACAGUCUCUUGACACAUUUCUAUGAUGAUGCAAAAACAAUAUAUGAGUUCUUCCUGAGGGGCGCUCAAGUAUCCAAUAAUGGUCCUUUUCUGGGCUCCAGGAAACCCAAAUGUCCUUAUGAAUGGCUGUCCUACCAAGAGGUGAUGGAGCGAACAGAAAAUCUUGGCUCUGCUUUUCUGCAUAAUGGACACUCCAAGGCCACUGACCCCAACAUUGGCAUCUUCUCUCAAAACAGACCUGAGUGGACUAUCACUGAGCUAGCAUGCUACACCUAUUCUCUGGUGUGUGUCCCGCUUUAUGACACACUUGGUGCAGAGGCCAUCAACUACAUUAUAGACAAAGCCUCCAUCUCUACCAUAGUAUGCGAUGUGGCAGAUAAAGUCAGCCUGGUACUUGACUGUGUAAAAGACAAGAAUUACACUGUGAAAACCAUCGUGGUAGUUGAGAGUCCAAGCAAAGAGUUUGUGGACAGAGGCAAGCAAGCUGGAAUCAACAUUCUCAGCUUGCGCGAGAUGGAGGCCAUUGGAAAGGCAAACUAUCACCAACCUGUGCCUCCCAGAAAUGAUGAUAUGGCCGUCAUAUGCUUUACCAGUGGAACAACAGGAAACCCAAAGGGAGCGAUGUUGUCACAUGGGAAUAUUGUGUCCAACUGCUCUGCCUUCCUGAAACAAACACAGGCUACUUGUCCACUGGGUCCCAGGGAUAUCCACAUUUCUUUUCUUCCCCUGGCUCACAUGUUUGAGAGAGUUGUACAGGGAGUGAUGAUGGUUCAGGGAUCCAAGGUUGGAUAUUUCCAGGGAGAUAUUCGUCUUCUGAUGGAUGACGUCUGCACACUAAAACCUACCGUGUUUCCUAUGGUACCUCGCCUUCUAAAUCGGAUGUACGAUAGGAUCUUUGGGCAGGCCAACACUUCUGUGAAGCGGUGGCUGCUGGAUUUUGCUUGCAGUCGAAAGCAAGCAGAGAUGUUGAAAGGCAUCGUAAGGAGAGACAGCAUCUGGGAUAGAUUAAUUUUCAGAAAGGUUCAGGCUAGUCUUGGGGGUUGCGUACGUCUGAUGGUAACUGGCGCUGCACCCGUCUCUCCAAAUGUUCUCACUUUCCUCCGAGCUGCAUUAGGGUGUCAGUUCUAUGAAGGCUAUGGACAGACAGAGUGUACCGGUGGUUGCACUUUGACCAUGCCAGGUGACUGGAUUGCCGGUCACGUUGGUGUGCCUUUGCCUUGUAACUCCAUCAAGCUGGUAGAUGUGGCUGAAAUGAACUACCUGGCUCUAAAUGGCGAAGGAGAGGUGUGUGUGAAAGGUCCCAACGUGUUCCAGGGUUACCUGAAAGAUCCGGAGAAGACUGCGGAGACUAUUGAUGCUGAUGGAUGGGUUCACACCGGGGACAUUGGCAAAUGGCUUCCUAAUGGCACGCUAAAGAUUGUGGAUAGGAAGAAGCACAUCUUCAAACUGGCUCAGGGGGAAUACAUAGCUCCUGAGAAGAUCGAGAAUGUCUAUUUGAGGAGUGAUCCCGUGGCCCAGGUUUUUGUGCAUGGUGACAGCCUACAGGCUUUUCUGGUAGCAGUGGUUGUUCCGGACCAUGACUUCCUGUGUGCUUGGACCAAGAGGACCAUGGGUCUGGAGGGCAGCUACAAUACACUUUGCAGUAGUGUGGACGUCAAGGCAGCCAUCUUGGACGACAUGGUGCGGCUCGGCAAGAACGCUGGUCUGAAGUCAUUUGAGCAGGUGAAGGCCAUAUGUCUCCAUCCUGAACUGUUCUCAGUAGACAAUGGUCUGCUCACGCCAACACUGAAAGCCAAAAGGAACGAACUGAGACAACACUUUCGAUCCCAGAUUGAUGAGCUAUACGUUGGUGUCAAGAUGUAGGACAACAAGAAGAAGUGUGGCUGGAACGAUAGCUGUGAGCGAAGGGCAGACACACACCAAAUGAUGCAACAUGCCAUUUAACUCCAAAGGAACUUUUCACUUCAGACCUCAUACUGUUAGCUUUUAGCGAAAGACAUGCAUUUUUUCCCCCAUAAUUUAAACAGGUUGCCAAGUGUCUUAAUUGUCCUUCUUUGACAUGCUAUUAUCCAAAUACCCCAAAGAUCUAGAAUUAUAAUACUCUACAACAUUCCUUUUUAACACUCGGCGUGAAGUUAUUCGGUUUUGAUUUCUUGUGGGGCCAAUCCCAUAUGGAUUUCAUUUCCCUGACUGCUAGAAGCAAAGCUUCUUGAAACUGUCUUAAAAAGAAUGUACAACAGCCACAGAGCUUCCUGACAGCAAACUACUGGAGAGGAAACUUUUUCCACUGUUGUGUGGAAUUACUUGAGCUGAUUUUUGUAGUAAAUGCAUUUUGCACAUACAGUGGGCACCAUCACCAAACUCAGCGAUUCGCCCUCAAUUUAAUCAAAUGUAAACUGGCCACUUAUGAGCAGCUAACACUAAUUUGUGCAACCAACAGAAGUCAUUGCUGUGCUGCUUGGACAUGGGUGGAUAAAAUCUGUGUGGGCCCAUUUAUGCACAUUUAACAUACUCCUGCAUCUCAAACUGGCGACAUUCAGGAUUGCGUUCAAACAGACACGUUUUUGAAAACGGGGAGUUCACAAAACAUUUACUUGGUUUUUUAAUUUCAUAUUAAUGGUUUGUCAGGGACUCCAAAGACCCAAUUAUUUGUACACAGAAUACAGAAUAUGUAAAUUUUUCACAUUAUUACUCAUUUGAAUGGUGAUGGAAGAAUGUUUAUUGCCAUAAAAUUGUACACAAAAAUAGAGAAUUUUUACUUUUGAAAAAAUUCAUUUGCACUCCUACCGUUUAAUGAACUAAUACUCCAUUAUUGUUUUUGAACAUUUAGUUUGACUAACAUUACAACCAACCAACCAACCUUCUAACUAAUGAAAAUAAAAAUCCACGGAUAAUUAUCGUAAUCAGAAAACUCAGGAAAAGAACAAUUACAAGACAAAGGGAAGAUUUUUUUCAACAUGUCAUUUUAACAUUAA